AGGGUUGUGUGUGAGUCAUCUGUCGCUGUCGCUAUUGCUAUCGUCGCUGUUGCCAACGUUGACGAUGCUGUCUGCUGUUGCUGUGUCGUCCGAAAAACGGCGGUCCGCCAUGAUGGCUUGCAGUUGUUGCUUCGCGUCCGCCGCUUUGUUUUUUCCUUUUCCCGGGGGGGUAGGAGCAGUAGUUGCCACCCCUCGCCGGCGGCCUGCUCCACCCUCGCUCUCAGUGUUGGUGGCGGCAGCGCCUCCCGUGGUAACAUGAGUGUUCCCCGAGAUGCCAGGCAGCAGCACUAUCUUGCUGGAGAGCAAGCCUCCACCGCCUACGGCGGCACCGAGAGAGCCCGUCUGCUGGAAUUUCGCCGGGGUUUUGGUCUGCCGGCCACGCUGGGUGGUCGUGAUAUCCAUGUCGGUGUCCAUGAUGUUGUCGUGUUAUCCGCGGUUUGUGCUGUGUCGUGUGUGUUGUCUCGAAGUGAGCGCUACAACUCACGGACGGCGUCAUAUUUUUUGACACAAGUUGCACAAGUCCACGUCACACGUUUAAAAUGACUGCACAUAGGUUCCAAGUUUUUUGAAAGACAAAUGUCGAAAAUUUUGACAAAAAAGUCGGUCCGUUUGAAACGGCCGUUACNUUUGACACAAGUUGCACAAGUCCACGUCACACGUUUAAAAUGACUGCACAUAGGUUCCAAGUNGAUGUAAGUGACAGUAGAAAUAAGUCCUACACAUGUUGUUGUACUUCGUAUUGGUUAAAUAUUCAUCAUGUAGAGUAUGAGACAUCAAGUGAAAGUUUUCUGAGGUACAUCUGCAAUUGUCGGAAGGCAAAAAAUUAAAUAAACAAAAGCACACAAAUGUAUACAUACAUGCUCUACCUCCCAUUGUCCGUGGAUGGAUCCGCACGUGGCAUCUGGGGCAAAUUUGCAAAGAGCAGGAGGAGGAGGCAGUGGGGUUCGAGGGAUUACGAGACCUACUGCUUAGACGAUAAAUAAAAUGAUUAUGCAAAAACACGUAGUACGUACAGUAUGUCACCACUCACUUGACUCAUCGCUUUCCUAAUAUUAUUGUUGUCGCAUACAGAUUGCGCCCGCACCUAAGAACUUACUUAGCAGUUAAGAAAUUGAGACUCGCAAAAAAUCAGAAGCUAAAAGCUAAUAAGAACUUGAUUGAGCACCAUUUGUGAGCUCGGUGAAGAACCCCACACAAAAACCGAUCUAAAUAGCGGUCAUUUGUAUGUAUGUAGCCCACAAGAGGAUGAUCAGCAAAAAAGUAAGAACCCCAGCCUCGGCCGCAACUAGAGGUUCUUAAGUGCGGGCGCCAUCUGUACUCUCCCUCAGAAGUAUACAGACGUGCUGACGUGCAUUCUUUUCGUUUCGGCAGAUAUAUUAUUACACCCGGUCAGAACACGGCCAUAAAAUAAUCGGGUACCCCUACAAGACGCUGCUGCUGCUGGGAGCGACCGCAUGACACCAUCUGUUUGGCCGACGCCCACUCCUACCCGACCUUGGCCGUCUUUCCACCGGGUGCACCCGAUCUUGACUACUCACCCCCCAGCGGGGUACGUACCCGUUUCUUUUUUCCCCUACCCGAAAAUGGCUGGGCUGUUCGACCAAAACCCGUGAACACAAUCAAUCACGGGUCGGACGCACACCACUGGUCCUCGUUUGUCGCCAAUGAGCAAGUAGCGGGAGGGAGAGAAUAUGUCUAUUUUUUUAUGAGUCCCGUGUGUGUCGCAUCUCGUGAGGGAGGCAUUCAUCCAGCUCUUCUUCUCGAUCAUUUGCACAGACAGACCGCCUGCCGUUUCUACCAAGGAAGACUUCCAACGCCGGCGGGGGGUGGGUCUGCCUCCGCCCGGCGGGCCGUCAGAACGUCCGAAUUCGAGGGCAGGGCGUUGCUGACGUGUGUGUACUUGUGUGCAUAGGUUUUGGUCAAACAGUCCAACCAUUUUCGGGUAGGGGAAAGAAAAACCGGAUACUCCUCCGGG